UUUCUCCUAAAGAGUAGAGCAUAUUCGAAACUUGCGGAACGAGUAUAAAAGCUCAGCUGUUUUAUCAAAGUAGUCGUUGCGUUGGUUGACAAUGACGUUUCACACAGGGCGUCUGUUGGUCGGUCGUGAAAAGGAGCAACAGUUUUUGUUUUCGUUAAUGUGUAAAAAAAACCCUUUAUCCACAUGCUUUGUUAUCACAGGCCCUCCGGGUUGUGGCAAAUCAGUUUUAGUGUCCUCAACAUUCGAACUUCUGGAAGAGUCUUGUGGAAUGCUAUGGGUGUUAAUUAGCUGCCUAGAAAGCUUUGUGGGGACCCAAGGGACAUGUGGAGCUACUUCAUCAAGAUAUUUUCUUGAAUUGAUUUUACAGUCGAUUAAGUGUCGUUAUCUGCCCGAAGCUGAUUUAUGUAUUAGUUGUGAAGAUACCUCCAGUUUCAUAGAUAACUUAUGUCAAAUUUUGCUAGCUAUUGGGGCUAGAAAUACUCAUGACCAAACUUGUGUGGGGUUAAUUUUCGAACAGGCUGAGAGACUGUGCGAUGGAGAAUCACUAGUCCUUCCCUUAAUCAUCGGUCUUGGAGCUUCUGUAAAUGAAAAGCUAAAUCAAUUAGGCAGUCUUCACACACCACUGUUGUUCACUGUCCUGGUAACUAGGUUGCCAUGGGAGAAGUUUAAUUUCGGGACAUUCAGUUUUGAACCUUAUGUUAUCUCUGUUGAAAGUUAUUCUCGUGACCAGUUGGCAAGAUUACUUACAUCUUUGUUACCGUCUAAUGCAUCUGAAUCUCGUUUCAACAGGUUUGUUGACUUACUAUUAACAGUUUGCUUCCCUGUUUGUCGUAACGCUGGUGAACUCAUUCAUUUAAUGAAUAUAAACUGGAAUGCUUUUGAUGAACCUGUAAAUAAAGGCUUGGUUGCCGCGGACGAUGAAUGGGGUCAGUGGAAGUUGGCUCAACCAUAUCUCAAAAAGUCUUUGUCUACUCUGUAUUUGCGUCAUUAUGGGGAUUCAAAUUUAGAUUCUCUGUCUACGAAAAACGCUGGGAGACAAAAUUUUUUGGAAUUACCUUAUUUGACUAGAUUUUUACUUAUUGCUGCAUUUUUGGCUUCACAUAAUCCCCGCUCAUCGGACAAAAAGCUCCUGACAAAGAACUCCGGACGUUUAAGUAUCCGUAAAAAGAAACAGGAAAAGGAAGUAUACAAGAGAUAAUCGGUAAGAAACUGUGAACAUUGUUUGGCUCAGUGGUAACUUCUCAGAUUUUGGAGGAUUCGAACCGUGCAUGGAGCACGAGAUCCCUUAAGAUUUCUGGUACACUUUGUUAACGAGUGCCAACUAGCACUAAAUCUAGGUCUGGAGUUUCCAGUCAAUUAUCUUCAAUCAUCCAUUACCUCAACAUAGUGCACACGAUGUCAAGUCAGUUAGACUGGUAGCCACAGUACUACUUAAUUUUUGGAAUUCGGGAAGUAAUAAAGGAUCAGACAAGCAUGACAUUGUUUCCUACUCAGUAUUUUCAAAGACAUUGUGACAUGCCAAAAUGUAUUGAAGAAACAAACCUUGAUGGAAUGAACUAUAAUAAAAACUAUCGUAUAAUCAAAUAAUGCAAUCAAGGAAUUGUAAACUCUGAAAAAUAUUCACUGUUUUAAUUUUCAAGCAACAUAAUGUAAAUCAUAUUUAACAAUGAAAAAAACAUUAAUGAUGAUAAUAAUUAAUCAUAAACUACUGGUAUAAUAAAAUGACAAUAAAACAAAAUGGAUACUCAUCAUCUCUUCAUUAAAUAACUAAGAAAAAACGUUUGGAAACUUACAAAAAAAAUGAAAUUGGAGAUGU